ACACACGCUGGUUCGCGCGUGUCCAUCGUUUUGACGAGACUCGCUGUUCGUGUUUACACUUUACUUACUCUUUUCCAGCUCUCACACUCUCUUCGUCUUCUCUGCAAGAAUCUCUCUUUCUCUUUCACUAGAAGAAAUAUGGGAGAAGGGAAAGGCUCGACUCUGGUUUUUAUCCUCGUCGUCGCUCUCUGUUUAGUCGCUUUCGGCUUCUCCAUCGCCGCCGAGCGCCGCCGGAGCAUUGGAAACUCAAUCCAAGACCCAAUAACUAACGCAACGUACUGCGUUUAUAGCUCUGAUGUAGCAACCGGCUAUGGAGUUGGAGCUUUCCUUUUCCUCCUCUCGAGUGAGUCAUUGCUCAUGGGCGUGACCAAAUGUAUGUGCUUUGGUAGACCUUUAGCUCCAGGAAGUGACCGUGCUUGGUCUAUUAUCUACUUCAUCUCUUCUUGGAUGACAUUUCUGGUAGCUGAAGCUUGCUUAAUCGCAGGAGCGACGAAGAACGCAUACCACACAAAGUACUUAAGCUCACAGACCUUCUCGUGCGAGUCAUUGCGCAAAGGAAUCUUCAUAGCAGGAGCAGUGUUUACAGUUGCGACAAUGAUACUUAAUGUCUACUACUACAUUUACUUUACCAAGUCUAUCUCUUCGCCGCCUGCUCACAAAGCAAACCGCUCUAGUUCUAAUAUCGGUAUGGCGGGCUAUGCAUAGUUCUCAACAGAUCAAAACAAAACUGGUUUUGGUCAUUUGUAGGUGUAAGAAAUGAGGUUGCUGCAUUGUUACAGUAUUUGGUUACUCUUAAAUGUUUUGCUGGUUAUUAUAUAUGGUCUACGCAUUUGAUGAAAAGUCUUCAUUAUAUAUUUUUGUGUUUUUUUUCUAAAUUCUUUAGGAAUUUAUCAUUGUCCGUCCUAAUACAUCACCAAA